AUGUACUUGAUUUCCACCCCAAAGCCUCUUCCGUUCAACCCGUACCCGCAUGUACCCAACCCACCGGGCUGCAAAAAGCGAGCCUCCGUUGCACUGAUCUUACGAGUCAAACCGACCUACGACCAUUGGCCGAGCUUGGAUGCUGGUACAAAUGACCCGUCCUUAUCGGUUGAGGAACAGUUGCAGAAUUUCUUCGCUCAGCCGUGGGUCCAGCAUGGCGAUCCUGAAGUGUUGUUCAUAAAGCGUGCGUCACGAGAGGGAGAUCGCUGGACUGGACAUGUCGCGCUCCCUGGAGGCAAGAGGGAUCCAGAAGAUGUGGAUGAUCGAGCGGCGGCGAUUAGAGAGGCAUCGGAGGAAAUUGGCUUCGACUUGACGACGGACGAUGUGAUUAGCGUAGGCAACCUUCCCGAGCGAGUGGUCACUACGAGCUGGGGAUCGGUCCCCCUCAUGGUCCUUUGCCCGUUCGUCUUCCUCACCACCCGCAAUGAUUGCCCAACCUUGAAACUCCAGCCCACUGAGGUUGCUUCAACACACUGGAUCCCACUCCGAGCUCUCCUAUCUCCCUCUGUCAGGACAGUCGAAUAUGUAGACAUGUCACAGCGCUUCGCACGGCAAGGCGGGUACCUGGCUCGUCUCGCUAUUCGAUCUCUGAUGGGCUGGAUGCAGUUCUCGGCCGUUCGACUACUCCCAUCAGAAACCCAGCAAUGUACCUCGGUCCCUGGCUUUGUGCCGGACGAUACGACCAAACAAAAUUCACUAUUAUCACGGUUCAAAGCCUGGACUCUGGGCAAUCAAGCAGACUCGGGCGAUCUAAACCGUCCUUUAUUACUAUGGGGUCUAACACUCGGCGUCUUGGCCGAUUUCUUGGACAUGCUUCCCCCUCACUCUGCAGUAGAGCUAUGGAAGUACCCGACAUUCACAGCACCAGAUCUCCAAUUAAUUGUGAGUAUCUUGACCUAUAACCUUCGAAAGCGCAAUAAGCGCGAAGUGAAACUGGGCGCUCGGCCCACGGACACUGCUGCAGACAGCGAGACCGCCGCGCUGCCCGUUACCCCAAGUGCAGACGGUCAUGAUCACAAUGAAGUAGGCAUUGGUGGUCUGGGUGUCGUUCGGUAUUAUGGUCCCGGCGACCGAACUGCUAACUCGUAUGCGGUGGGCAUCAUGUUGCGAGGAUAUUAUCAACGGUUACGAGUUGCCAUCUGGGUGUUCCUCGCCUGGCGCACGGCUCUUGGGUCAGCAGCAGCAUUUACGGCCUGGCGAUUCCUUCGUCGACGACUUUCAUAA